GGCCACAAUGCCGAUUGAGUUUUACGGUUUGGUCUGUUGCUUAUGCAAAGUGUGAAUCUUAAAAUGGGUCCCAAGAGAGCCGCAGCCGUCCAAGACGAAGUGGUAGUAGCUCUGGAAUCAACACUGGACGCAGAAAAGGAGGUUAAGCAGACCAAAAAAGCGAAAACUGAUGACGGUGAUUCUAAAAAAGCACCAGCGGUGGCUAAAAGUCAUCCGUCCGCGAUGGCGAUGGUGGAAGAAGCACUGAAAGAGCUCCACACUCGAAAAGGCGUCUCCGCACAGGCUGUGCGCGGCUACAUCACUCAGAAGUACACCUCGGUGGACCCGAUCAGACUGAAGUACAUGGUGCGGAAAGCUCUUUCCAAAGGGUUGGAGACGGGCGUUCUAGCGCGACCUCCAAACUCAACUGCAGUUGGUGCUCAAGGUAGAUUUCGGUUUGCAGCCAAGGUUAAGGCUAAAAAACCUGCUGCGAAGACAAAAGAGAACGCAGAUCCCAACAAAUCGAAAGCUACUAAGGCUAAGGCCAAGGAUUCUGUAGACGAAGAACCAGGGACAAAAAAGGCCAAGCCUGCUUCAAAAAAGGAUACGGAUGCUUCUGAACCAAAGUCCAAGCCAGCUGCAAAGAAGCAAAAGGAUCCUUCAGAUGCCAAACCCAAGAAGGCGGAGAAGAAUGGGGCUGCCGCUUCCAAGGUGCCACCUGCGAAGAAGCCAAAGGCCAAAGCUUCUGAGGACGGCCCCCGCAAGGCCAAAGACAAGGCUCCGAAAGCUCCCAAGGCUACGGAGGAGGCUGAAGCAAAGCCCGCUGGCCCGAAGAGGGGAGUCAAGGCCCAGAAGAGUGUGGAGGAGGAGGAGGCUGAACCAAAGCCUGCUGGCCCGAAGAGGGGUGCCAAGGCCCAGAAGGCGACAGAGGAGGCUGAACCAAAGACCACUGCCCCAAAGAGGGGAGUCAAGGCCCAGAAGAGUGAGGAGGAGGCUGAACCAAAGCCCGCUGGCCCGAAGAGGGGAGUCAAGGCCCAGAAGAGUGUGGAGGAGGAGGAGGCUGAACCAAAGCCUGCUGGCCCGAAGAGGGGAGCCAAGGCCCAGAAGAGUGUGGAGGAAGAGGCUGAACCAAAGCCUGCUGGCCCAAAGAAGGGAGCCAAGGCCCAGAAGAGUGUGGAGGAAGAGGCUGAACCAAAGCCUGAACCAAAGCCUGCUGGCCCAAAGAAGGGAGCCAAGGCACAGAAGAGUGUGGAGGAGGAGGAGGGGGAGACUCGAUCUGAGGGACCUAAAGCUAAAGGCCCUAGCAAGGGAAGGAAGGCUGCAGAGUAAAAUGUGUGCACUUUUAAUCUCCCUGAAUUUUAAUAUAUGCACCAAGGUGGCAUUAUAUAUGUUCUUU